UCCAUUGGGCCAAGCCUGCAGAUCGGACCAUGGAAAGCGAGGUCCCAGAUGAUGAGGUACAACUACUGCUCGUUCAAGCGUGGAGAACAGUUACGGAGGGAGAUUUUAUGGGAAUUAUCUUUGAGGAGGUGCACGACAACAAUUUGAGCGCCAUCAAGGACGAGUUGCUGGUAUUCCUGGUCCAAGUGCUGGACGAUCUGCCGCUGGAAAUCCUGUCGCGCUGCGAUGAAAUGCUAGAAACGGAGACGCUUACUCGCUCCUUGGAGCCGCACCUCCUUAGGUCCACGUGUACGAAGCUAGACGAGGGGAGGUACUAUUUGUCUUCGAGGGGUGUGUUUCUAACAGUGGACAUCACUGAUAUGUCCACGUGGGACCCGCUCAUUCGACGCAUCCCUAAAGGACAAACAAGCGAGGAGGUACGGGAGGAGGAGGAAGAAGAAUCCGAAGAGGAGGAGGAAGAGGAGGAGCGGAACGGUGAUCCUGACUACCGAGAGUACGACGACGAGGUGUUGGGAGCGGUUGGAUCGGGGGAAGACAACGAGGAAUAGGAGGACGACUCGGAGGAGGAAGCCACGUCGACUGAUUCAAGUGAAGCAGCCGAGCUGCCGAGGGAGGAGCAGGAAUCUGAGAACCCGAAGC